AUGACGCAGCGUGUUACUGGCCAGCGCUUUCGCCAACGCAAAUUGUCUACCAAACAAAAUAUACCUGUAUUGCGAGAGCAUGAGGUUGAAAAGCUCGAUGAUGAUGAGGCGUCACGGCACAUCCCAAGGGUCGAAACUGGUGUCGAGAAAGGAGAGGAAAUUGAGCAUCAUUUACAGGCCGUGAUAUCUGCAGCGCAGGCAGCAGCUCAAGGUGCUACCGGCGGUAAGAUUGCACAACUGUACAUUCCCACACCAGAAGCAACUGCAAGCCAUUUGCAAUACGACGAGCUAUACCCACCCCGGUUCACACAGCCGGCGACCUACAUCCGGUUCUCUUCCACAGUAGAAGACACUUCAGGAUGUCCAUACUGUAUGACUAGUGAUGAUGUCGCUUUCCUCAAGGCGUACAACCAGAAAAGGACUAAAGGGCCUCACUGCUCCGAAGACGAGUUCGAGGAAGUCAUGAACUUUUUCGAAGAAACUGCUCAGACGAAACAGCCCUUCUCUGCCGUUGGUGAUGCCCCUGUACUCGCAUACGAAGACCUGGAAUCGGAUUUUGAUGAAACGAUUGGUGAAGGAGCGCGGAGAUUUGCCAGGGAAAUCUAUUCGCACUGGAAGAACCAGAGGUUGCUGAAAAGCAAUCAUCUUUUGCUGCCUUCCCUGAAAUUUGAGACGAAUCUCGAGACAGACGAGUCAGAUCCUUAUGUUUGUUUCAGACGUCGUGAGGUGCGACAAGUCCGCAAGACUCGAGGCCGAGACGCACAGGUGACAGAGAAGUUGAAGAAGUUGCGUAACGAAUUGGAGCAGGCCAGACUCUUGAUGGCUCAAGUAAAGCGACGAGAAGCGAUUAUGCGAGACUCGCUUGCAAAUGACAAGCAAAUCUUCGAGCAACGGCACGCAGUCAAGGAGAUCAAGAGAAGACUCAGCAUCAAAGCUGAUGACGAAGAACUCUUGAUCACGCAAAAGGUGUGUUUCGAUGGUUUUCCAAACUCGAUUUGGAACAUGACUGACAGACGGCAGCCUGCGCCAAAGCCCAAGCCAAGACCUGAUCUUGAAAGAGUUCGCCAGAACAUCCCUGGCAUGAAGCCCCAGGUCACUCGCGCAGACGGGCGGCUUGUCGAUAGUGACCUUGUGUAUCUUGAAGAGCAGCAGGCGAAGAAGACAGAGGCCAUCGAGACCUUCAUCGAAGAAAAUCUCAUCAAGCACCAGAAGUGGAACAUUGGCUGGGUAGAUGCCACCUGGCGGCCUAUUACGCCACCACUGGAGCAAGCCGCUGCCAAAUCAGAUUUUCGUACGGUGUUCACGGAAUCGCAAUUGCCUACUCCUCCGGCUUCCGUGUCUGACGAUGAAGGUGCUGACUCCAUGGCGGUAGUGCGUGCGAACCCGCCGGAUACACCGCGACGGAACGCGCGUAUACGUUUCGGUUCGCCCCCAGAUGAUGUUCCCUUUCAAGACCAGUCUCGUUACCGAAGAAGAGUCGGACGAGGCGGGCGGGUGAUGAUAGACCGACGUGGUGUCAAACGCCCAAAGCUCGAAUCCAGCCAGCUAGAUGAGCGCGUUGCGGACCGCUGGAAGUAUGCCGGAGACAGCAGUGAGGAUGAGCAGACAUACUCUGUCGAUUGGACAGAUAAUCUGCAUAUCCGGUAUCGUAUCAUGAUCGAUCGGCAAGGUGGUGAGAAGCAACAUCCUCAUCAAGCUGCAGGCACAAUUCGCAAAUCGAUCGAGAAUAAUAAUCGAUCCGCGUCCGGCCAUCUCAUGCCGCCAACAGCAGCGCCUGGUCCAAGCUCGGUAUCGUAA